AUGGUCAACGCUACUGAAAUUAUUGCCGCCUUGGCGGGAACCUAUGCCCUCCUUAACACCUCUGCGACUAACAACGGCGUACCCGUCCCGGACCGUGUUUACGGUGAUAACCCCGUCGGUAUCCUGACAUACAGCAAGUCGGGCUACAUGUCGGCCACCAUCACAUCGACAGACGCCGAGGACCGCCCGGAAGGACUGACCUUCCCCUUCGAGGACGGUCAAUCAGAUACCGACUGA